AUGUAUGAUAACCAACUUGCUCAGUUAGAAAACCUCAUUGCAACCCAAAGAAAGGCACAAUUAAAAAUGCGGGAACAGUUGGCUCAAGUAGAAAAGCGAUAUCACAAGGUCUUAAGUGAACUUGAAGAUGAAAAAAGGAAGCAUGCUCAAGAUACAGCACAGGGUGAUGACGUUACUUACAUGUUGGAGAAAGAACGGGAACGUCUCAAGCAGGAAGUUGAAUUUGAGAAAACUCAAAACAGACGAAUGGAAAAAGAUCUCAAGAAGACAUUGGCAAGCCUGGAAGAAGAAAGAGCAAAUUCUGCCAAACAUAAACAAGUCGCUUUAAUGUUGAUAAGGGAGCGUCGCAAAUUGGGUGAGAGGAUUCUACAAGAAAAACACAAGUGCAGUGAAAUGGAACACAUUCUAAAUGACGAGAAAGAUAAAAUGAUCAGUAUGGCUGAAGGCUUAGUUCAUGAGAGUCGAAAAUCUCUGAAGAUGGAGGCAGCAAUGGAAAAGCAGUUAAGCGAAUUUGACACAGAACGAGAACAACUUCGAAGUCGAGUGAUACGCGAGGAAAAUAAAAAUAAGGAACUUCAAUCCGAAGCAGACAGUCUACGGCAGCAGGUCGAUGAGUUGCAUUGCAAACUUAUGAUUUCGCAAAGCAUCAAAGAUGCUGAUUCUAAAAAUACAGGAACUGCUUUAAGUAGUUGCUCAUCGAAUAAGGAACCAUGCACAGACCGUACUGUUUCAGUGGCACCGGCUGCUACUUCUGUUGCAAAAACUGUACAUAUACCUCCUGGUUCUAUAGUCUUAGAGAAUUCUUCAUCCUCAGCAAUGCGUUCAGCUUCAAAUGAUGGUAAAAAAACAGCCCUUCAAAUAAACAGCAACCAUUCAACUUCGUCACCAGAGAAGCGACCAAUCUCUCCUGGAGAAAUGUUCAGCCCAGCAUCAGACAUCCGGAUAGUGUCCGAAGGAUCAUCUGGAAAUCGGAUUAGUGUCAGUGCUGGCGGUACGACUGUGGUCAGCACGUCAGGAGGCAAAAUUUCAUUCCAGAUUGGUCAAAGUUCAGGCCCAACUCGGAAGUCUGUGUCUGUCGGGCGGGGGACUCCGCCCCCAAUCCCACCAAAUAAACCGGUCUUGGUCGCAAGUACGGCUGGGAGCGGGAAGCCUGCAGUUCCCCCUAAAGUGGGGAUCACUGUGAGCAAAGACCGAUUAACUGUUUCUGGUUCCGAAAGUGAUUCUUCGUUGUCGGGGAGUAGCUGUAACAAUCCAAAGGCAAUGCAAAUACCUGUUAAUGUUGUUACUAGUCAGUCCAGUGUCCCAAGCAACAGAACUUCCAAGGAGAGCUCUCCCCUGCGGAAAACAACACAGGAUUCCUUUCUCUCUUUUUCACUCUCUCUUUUAUUUAACAAAAAUAGCUCCCCACCCCUCUCUCUCUCUCUCUCUCCCAUCUUUUAUCUCACCUAA